AAUGCAAAAAAAAUAAAAGGGUGCCAAGAAGCUGGGACGAGGGAACGUGGGUGUAAAUAGACAGUGAACGCUCUUGGUCUCUCUCUCUCUCUUCUCUCUCCCUCUCUCUCUUCUCUCUCCCUCCCCCUUCUCUUUCUCUCCUUCUCUCUGUCUCUCUUUUAUAAAAUCAAUGAACGAGUUAUUGGGUAGGACAUAAAUAUAAGGAAUCAAAGCCUCCACCGGGACCAACGGCAUCGCGCGCUUUUGAUAUGCGUCUUCGCCAAAUGCUACAUGUGUUUUCACAUCAGUGUAAAUAUUGGCUUUGAGAGGACGGGAGCGGAAUCAGCUCUGGCACGGCUCGGUCUCGGAACCAAAUUCUGACCAAGACUUCCACCAGCUUUUUUUAUUAUAAUUAUUUUUCAACGUCAAAACGAUUUUCCACCAUCGCCAGCUGCUGUCGUACACAUCCCAACUCAGUGGCCGGUCCGAAGAUGGCAACUUUAACCAACGGGCAGGUGGACGGCACGGUGCACGGUGUCGGGGUGGUCUCCGCCAGCACGAACGGGCUCGUGAACGGAUUAAGCCACAGCCACAGCCCGGUGGGCUGCCCAGCCACCAUCCCCAUGAAGGACCACGAUGCCAUCAAACUCUUCAUCGGUCAGAUCCCCCGCAACCUGGACGAGAAGGACCUCCGGCCCCUCUUCGAGGAAUUCGGCAAGAUCUACGAGCUCACUGUGCUGAAGGACCGCUUCACGGGCAUGCACAAAGGCUGUGCCUUCCUCACCUACUGUGCCAGAGAGUCGGCCCUGAAAGCCCAGAAUGCAUUGCACGAGCAGAAGACCCUGCCAGGGAUGAACAGACCGAUCCAAGUGAAGCCAGCAGACAGCGAGAGUCGAGGAGACAGAAAGCUCUUUGUUGGCAUGCUUAACAAGCAGCAGUCAGAAGAUGACGUGCGGCGCCUUUUCGAGUCCUUCGGCAGCAUCGAGGAAUGCACCAUCCUCAGAGGUCCCGAUGGAAACAGCAAAGGCUGUGCAUUUGUAAAAUACUCGUCUCAUGCUGAAGCUCAGGCAGCCAUCAGUGCACUACACGGCAGCCAGACAAUGCCUGGUGCCUCAUCCAGUCUGGUGGUCAAGUUCGCCGACACGGAUAAGGAGCGCACCAUCCGCCGCAUGCAGCAGAUGGCCGGUCAGAUGGGAAUCUUCAACCCUAUGGCCCUGCAGUUUGGAGCCUAUGGGGCCUACGCUCAGGUGCAGCAGCAGGCAGCGUUGAUGGCGUCUGUAGGCCAGGGAGGCUACCUCAGUCCAAUGGCGGCCUUUGCUGCUGCCCAAAUGCAGCACAUGGCCACCAUCAAUGGCAUCCCAGGAGCACCGCUGACCCCAACGUCAGGUGGCAGUACUCCUCCAGGCAUCAGUGCCCCCACAGUGACCAGCAUCCCCUCCCCCAUUAGUGUAAAUGGUUUUACUGGCAUGCCGCCCCCGCAGGCAAAUGGGCAGCCGCCUGCAGAGGCUGUUUUCACCAACGGGAUACACCAUUACCCUGUGUUGCAGGAGGUGGUUUUUAGGGAGGACUCGGAGAAAAACGGCUUGGGCGUGGCUCCGCGGAGUUGUUUUGGGGUUCAGGGUGGCUGCUUCCUGUCCUCUCUCUCUGAAGCUCAAAGUCCCACAGCAGCUGAUCCUCUCCAGCAGGCUUACACAGGAGUCCAGCAGUAUGCAGCCUACCCUGCUGCAUACGGCCAGAUCAGCCAAGCCUUCCCCCACCCUCCGCCAAUCAUUCCACAGCAGCAACGAGAAGGACCAGAGGGUUGCAACCUGUUCAUCUACCACCUCCCUCAGGAGUUUGGGGAUGGAGAGCUGAUGCAGAUGUUCCUGCCUUUCGGUAAUGUCAUCUCCUCCAAAGUGUUUGUGGAUCGGGCGACAAACCAAAGUAAAUGCUUUGGUGGGUAAAAAUGACCAAACCAAAAGAUUAUUGGUUAUUUAUUAUUCUGAUUAUUCUUUUUUACUAAUCACCUUCUCUACUGCAGUCAACACCCCCUUCCUAACCUCUCAACAACCCUCCCCUAAAAGAAUGAAAUCAAAACGAGCUUGUUUUUACUUCAGAGAAAGAAUAGUAAAAGAAUGAGUCUUCUGUAUUAAUUAGUAAAGCGAUGUUCUUAAGAAGCUCAGACUUAUUUUGAUCAAAAUGUCAGUGAUGUGGAUCUAACUGUUUUGUCAAAUCAAAAGUCACACUGAUCAUAUUGUGGAUUAGUUCUGUUUUGGUGCCUUAUUUGUACAUUCUUAUAGCUUGGCUGACAUGAAAUACAAAUGCUUUCUCCCAGUCUCCAACUCACUGGAAGCAAAAGCACCGCAUGCUCAGAAUAUAACAGUUGCUCUAGCAUGCAGAGACGGAGAAGUGCUGUCUCACUCUGCCACUGACAGCACAAUUUAGCCGAACGUAUAAUUAUGUUGCAAAUUAUAAAUGGGUUGUGGAGCAUAUUUAAUAGAGAGUCCGUCAGGUGCAACCUAUUUGCAAAGUAGCUUUUGCUCAUUAAUACGACACAAUAUUAAUGUUGUAUUAUCCAUGUUGAAAUUUUGAGAUGCAGCCUUUAUGAUCUGAUGUAUUUUCUUUCAAGUGGAACUUAUGAACCAAAACUCCACAGUAGCACGAAUGUGUUGUUGUUAGGUUUCACAUCACAUCAACAGGCUCAUGUUGUGAUUUUAGUUGCAUGCUUCUAUUGUGAUGCCAUACUCUUUGUUAGUUUUAAGGAAUGUAUUAUCACUUGUAAGUUAUGUAUUUUUUUGGAUGCUUUUUUUAGUUUGUGUACUAUUGAAUUCUCAUUUUAAGGCUUUAUGUGUAUUCAUACAUGUAAGAUACUGCUUCAUCUUAUCAAAGUCAUCUCUAUUAUGCAUUCCUCUGUAACCACAGACUGCUCCAGCCUCUUCGUCUAACCACAUCACUCUCUCUCUCUCUCUCUCUUUCGGCCUUUCCCCCAGGGUUUGUAAGCUUCGACAACCCGGGUAGUGCCCAAGCUGCCAUCCAAUCAAUGAACGGCUUCCAGAUCGGCAUGAAAAGACUCAAGGUGCAGCUGAAGAGGCCAAAGGAUGCCAAUCGCCCCUACUAGCCCCCGCCCCAGCCAGCCAGCCACCACUCUGGGCGGCCGGGGCAGCCGUCUCACACCGGGGAAAGACAGGUUUUGUUGAGCUGAAUCAUAUGUCGACUUCUUGCUAUCCGCCACUGAGUGCAUACUCAACAUCUGGACCACUAAGGCUGCUUCAGAAACAGAGGAGAGAGAGAGAGAGAGAGAGAGAGAGUGACGAUGGAGUCAAGGACACCUCCUUUUGGAUGUACUUAAACUUUGGAACUCAGAGAGAAUUUGUACCAGCCUGGUUAGCCCCAGGACCUUUUUCUUCUGCACACAUAUACACUCUUUCCUCUUUCCCCACAAAACCCUGCUUGAAUGACAGCUACCUUUUUUGGACCACAAAAACUUUUACUUGAACAUUAAGAGAAAAAAAGUAACAGAAACUACAUCAAACCUAACUACAACGACCAACCCCACUGAACUCCUAAAGGGAAUAUGGAUGUCAAAAAUCCAACAAGAACAAAACUUUUUAAAAACUGACUAGGGGAUUGCCGUAGGAGAUCUUUCUGUACGAUGGUUUGAGUUUUGGACAAUUGAAGUUUGAAGACCAAUUUAUACGACUUGAAACAAGAAGGGACACGAAAUUCUCAGAGAGAGAACUUAAGUAGGGAAUGUGAUAUUUUCAGGACACAAAUUGGCUUCGAUUUGGGACGGCCAACUUUAGCUCGGAGUGCCUGUCCGUUUCCAGGGGAUACCGUUGCCAAGGAGAGCCAUAGCAACGGUCUCCAGGGAGUCUUACCUGUCAUUCCUUAGUUGUUUUAGGGACCAAAAGACCAAACGUUUUUAUUGCUGAGGACUUGUAGCUCUAAUAUACUCGGACCACUGCAUUUCUUUUAGUCAGAGUUAACUGGCUGAAGAGUUGCUCUUAAAAGAAGUGUACAUUUCGAAUAUAUACAACACAUGUAUAUGUACAUAUAUAUUGCUGACAUGCUUUUUGAAUACAGGCAAAACUAUUUCAGAUGACCAAAUGGGGUCUCUCACUUCGCUAGUUUACAAUUACUCAAAAAUGUUUAUUUUUUUCUCUUCUCAUUUUGUCUUGGGAGGGAUGGCGAGUGCAUGGGAGGGGCUGCUCCGUAUCACAGCCUUAUCUUUUUUAACUUGACAUCCUAACCUCAUAGAUAGAAUAACAUCAGAAACGUUUGAAAUAUAUGAACUUGUUUAUAUUUGCAGUACAAAUAUAUGUAUAACAAGCAUUCAAGCAAAUGUAUUCAUAUAUACAGUAUAUAUGGAUAAAUAGAUAUUAAUCACAAACAAAUAUAUGUAUUUAUAUGCACAUAUUUUAUAUAUGUGUGUCUGUAUAUAAAACAGCUACUGACUAUGUUGAGCUGUAAUUUUUGUAGAUUUUAGCUGGAGUUUGAAACAUUGCUCUGCUUGGGAAGAAUCGCAAAUCUGGCAGCUCCCAAAACUGCAGGCAUUCCUCUCUCUGAUUACCUAUAUGCUGACACACAAUAUAAUGCUAAAAGAUACAUGUGUGACGAUACACAUACGGUGUAAAUAUUAACUGAAAAUGCAAAAAGCCACAUCUCAGUAGCAGGCUUUAAGAGAAUCAGGCUACAUUGUUUUAGAGAAAAAGGACAAUUAUCUUCGACUCUAUUCCAGACAUAUCUUUUGAGCUUACACACACACACACACACACACACACACACACACACACACACACACAAACUUCUCUUUGAAACUUGAACCAAAAUGAAUACGUCUCACAACCCUUGCUCUCUUUUGCAUUCAGUAAAGUGCAUGUAGCGUAUGGGCUGUCACCAUGUCAAGGUGUGCCUUGUCACCUGCAGAAUCUGCCAUCAAGCACUGUGCUCUCAGAAAACAAAGAAAAAAAAAACUUAACACACACUUCUGCAAGCAGCCAACGCGCUAUUAUGAUGUCAAACCUACAGCCAGAUCAUCAUAUCAUUUCUCAGCCAUGUAGAGAGCUUCAGUGCAUGUCCAAUAUAACAACCCGUCAGACCUCUGCUGAUCCAUCAAUGUCUUUCAAAAAAAAAAAAAAACGCAUUUAGAUUUAACGUAGACUCAUGUGGUUACACUUCAGAUCAAAGCGGGCAUUAGGUAACCUGUAAGCACAGGUACUAACUAUGAAAGCUGUGUGCAGGGCAACUGUGACUGCGUCCCACUGGUUGGAGUCAAACUAGGAUAAAGUUCAGGGCUGAUUUGGUGCAGAUCACUAAGAGAACUUACUGAGCUAAGUGGACCUGACAUUAGGUUUUAAUGGUUAUGAAGGAGAUGAAAUAUUGAUGAAUAUGUUAUAAUUAGAGAGCUGGCUUCCCGUUGAGUUGAAUAAGGACGGUUUUAUGUACUUUCCCAUUCCGCAGUUAAUAUGUGAAUCUCUGCUGGUAAUACUUGACAUGAAGCAUAUCUUCUAGAGGAUGUUAUAUUGCCUUAUGUUGAAUAUGCUCAUACAAUUAAAUAUACACAUAAAAGCAAAAUGAAACUGUAAAAUGAGGCAAUAAGUGUGAAAAGCCAUUUAUCCAUUACAGCUGCUCUUUCACUGAGGCUGGUUUCAUAUUGCUUUAGCAUACAGUUUCACAGAACAGUCUACAAAAAAAGGUAUGAACACCUACUAUACACCUGCAAAAGGUCAACAGACUUGGAUUUAUUGGACUCUGCAUUCAACACAUUUUCAGCUGCUGGAGAUUACUCAAUGAAUAUUUAUAUAUAUGAAUAUUUAUAAGGCUAUAUGACACUUUGGAAGACAAUGCUUCCUGUUGGGUGCUGUUACUGUUUUUUUCUAUAAACUGCUCAUUAUGCCGUUUCCCUAGUGUCUGUGUCUAACCUUUUUAGCAGAUUGAAUAAUUUAACAUUUACCUUCUAAAUCCAGUGAGGCUAAAAGACGCCACGGCACGUCCCAGGACGCAGCUGUUUGUGUGUGAGCCACAUAAAUGUGCCCUGAGUAUGGCGUACAGUGCAAACCAGAUGACCACCAUGCUCUGACAGUGUCCGAGGUUGGUUAGUACAUCCACCUGUGCUGUCUCUGAGCUAACAAUACCAUCUAAAGCUAAAUGUCAUAUGUUUGGCGUCCCUGAUUUCUGCACUGUGUGCCCUCUUUGACUCCCCCCCUCCCUCCACUACUCGCCGCUCUGAGAAAAUUGAAAAAGGUGUCGCCACGGUCUGUGCUUUUCUAAUGGUUUGUCUGGGCAAUCACUCAUGUCUUUCACCCUGCCCAUGUUUUCAUGUCGAAUGAAAUAAGAGAGGGGAAGCAGAACGACCACCAUGAGAACUGGAAUGCACCUCUUCUUUCAUUUGCUCCAACUUAAAGCUGCAAGUUUACAUGAGAAAAGUAAAACAAAGACAAUGGUUCAAAAACAGCAAGAAACAGAGCAGAAGUUUGAAUAUAAAUAUAUAAAUAUAUAUAAAUAUAUACAUAAACCAAUGAAUAUACUGUAAAUGUUUCUCUCUUUUUUUUUUUGCUCUGUUUUCCUCUGUACAUAGGUUUGCAUAUUUUAUAGGACUUUUACUUCUAUCUACAAGGACUGGAUAAAGUACUUUAAAUACUUAAAAAAAAUAUAUGAAUGAAAACAUGAUAAUGCUCAAUAAAACCAGGUACAAAAAAAUAGUUGCUAGGAUACGGUACAAACUGUAGGACCUGACCAAGGCAUUUAUCCAGAACACAGUCAGGGAGAGCAUUGACCUCAGUUAGAGCUUAGACACACAUUGACCUAUUUUAUAAAACAAAAUAAUACUUUGAUGGGUUUAUUCAUUGAUCUGUUUGUUUAGAUAUUUAUUUAUAAGUCAUGUCUGAGAUAAUAUGCAUGCUUUCAUGGCAUUAUUUUUCUAUGAGUUGGUACGUGACCAAAUAGUUUUUAUAUGACAUGCAUGGGCCACUGAUGUGGUCCACAGAUGAUCAUUGUUCCUGUCUGCAGGACCAUGCCUUCAGCACUUCUUUGAUGAGGGAGAAAAAAAAUGCUCCUAUUGACCAAGUGAUGUCAAAGACAGAUUUGAAUCAUUUAUUUAUUUAUUUAUUUAUGUUUAUUUAUUUAUUUAUUUAUUUAUUUAUUUAUUUAUUUAUUUAUUUAUUUAUUUAUUUAUUUAUGUUUAUGUAUUAAUUUAUUUGUGCUGUUUGAUUCAAGAUCUGAGCUCUAUUAUUGCCACUGAUCUGUUUGCUUGUUAAGUGCUACUUGGUAUCACUACAUCACAUGAAAACAGGGGAAGUGAUUUUAACAACCUACAUUGUCCUGUUGCUGAUAAACACUUGAAAACAAUGCAGUAAAAUCAAACUAAAGCCUUAUGUAUAUUUGUCUUUUGAAACUCAAUUGUUCUGUUCUAAAAGUUGGAUUCAUGACACAGAUGCUAUUUGGAGCAUUCUUAUUUUAUUCUGAGUAACUUUUGCUACCAUUCUGAAACUUUGAGACAAAGGGGAAAAUAAAUUCACAAUUCAAACAGAUUCAGAUGUAUUGACGAUAAAAAACAAAUGCUCUGAGGUCACUUUAAUUUGCUGCUAAUAUAGAAGGAGCUACUGUCUUGUGAAUCACGGAUUUGAAACUCUACUUUUGUUUUUUAGAACUUUAAAACGCUCCUCAUAUCUUACCCAUCCUGUGUUUUUUUUCUUUCAGAGCUCUGAUCUUGUUCAACUGAUAUGUUCUACCAAGAGCAAAAUUCAAUGAAAACUGCACUAUGUCAUCAAAAGGAUUGAUUUUUUUUUUUCGGUGCUGUUAGAAGUGAUUUUUAUUUCUUAAGCUUGGUAGAGUUGCUAGACUCACAUUUUACUUCAAAUGGUUUUCAAAGUAUUCUGGAAAUCUCUUUCCCAAUUUCAGCACAUAUGGGCGGGGAAAUGAAUGUUGCAUAUUAAGCUUUGCCAGGUUCCCGAUGAGCUCAGCUUCGGAUUGGGCAACGCGCUUUAGGCUCCCACCCCUAUCUCUCCAGAUUGCACCAUUCUCUGGUCCCUGAACUCUUCUUUUGUAAUUUUAAAUGAAUGAUGCGUCUCAGCUUAGCCCAAUAUUAAAGCACAGUCUAGAAUAAA